AUAUUAUGGCGGAGUCACCGACACUGCAGUCAUCGCCCCAUCGUUCGUUGAUCGUUAAAAGGCGGAGGGAUGCUAUCUAUCAGAAACUUUACGUAUGAUAACGUUACUGUUGGUUCCAUAUCGGUGCAAGAAUAAAGGAUUCCCGUGUCACCAAUCUGUGUUCUGGUUGUUCGCGUUCGUUAUUGCUGAAGGUCUUCUGAGGACAGCGCUAAGUCCAAUGUAAUUAGACCUGGACAUUGACAGCUUCUGAUAUCUCCUGGAAUUAUUCGUAGUGUUUGCCGGCUACUCGUCUAUCCUCGCGUCUUCAGGUCUCCUUUGGACGAGUGUUAUUUGGAACUUCUCUGGAUCGUCUGGUAACGUUCAAUAAUGCCUGGGCCAGAAAAAAGACGGAGCGCCUUGGAAGCAUUUAGGAAAAUGCUAAGAUAUACAGCAGAUCUCACUUUAAUAUCUUCUCAAAUCUGUCCAAGAGAACACAGCAAAGGUGUUACUCACAAGAAAAUAUGCUCAAACUAAGAUGUAUGCUAAAUGACACUAACUGGGAACUUUUCAACGAACACAAACUGGAUGAUACUAUUUCCAAUUUGACUGACUAUCUUAAAUUCUGUCUUGAUAUAUGCUGUCCAAAACAGAUAAUUUUCAAAAGAAUGGAUCGUUUUUCUUCCCCUCAUCUCAAAAAACUUCGUAGAGAAAAAGAGAAGCUGUACAAGACAAAGAAUAAAUCUGGUCUUAAGAAGAUAAACACCCAAAUUAAAUCUGAAAUCAAGAGACUAAACAACAUUUAUAAUCAAACAAUACUAUCUUGUAAAACAUCAGAAAACAUAUGGAAGCUUUUUAGAGAAAUUACUGGUUGUGGUAAGCAUAAUAAUUUUGCCUCUUCUAUUGAUGUAAAUACUCUCAAUCGAUCUUUUGUCCGCCCUCCAAAUGUCAUUUCUGCCUUCAAUUUAACUAAUAACACGACCAGUGACUUUCAUCGUUUCAAUACAUCUGAUGUUCUUAAAUGUUUGAAAUCUCUUAAACCUUCCCAGCGUCUAGGCCCUGAUGGUAUACCUGCCAUUGUCUUAAAGAAAUGUGCUGAUAUUUUAAGUAACCCACUUACAAGCAUUUUCAAUACUUCUUUUUCUCAUAAUAAUGUACCUUCUCUGUGGAAAGAUAUUAAAAUCAUCCCUGUACCCAAGUCUGGUUCUGGAGAUAAUGUUAAGUUUAGACCAAUUGCCAUUACCUCUCCUUUCUUGAAACUGAUGGAGAAAUUACUCUUACAAAAACUCAUUCCCUCCCUAAGCUUCUCAAAUGAUCCAAAGCAGUUUGCUUACAAACAGGGUAGAAGUACUUUGGAUGCUGCUGCAGUGUUUCAUCACAACAUUGUAUCCUCCUUAGACAAAGGGGCCAAGUAUGUCCGUUGUACUUUCCUUGAUUACACAUCUGCUUUUGACUCUGUACCUAGAGGCCUUUUGUUAAACAAGCUUAGCCUUACACAAACUGAGUCCUGGGCUAUCAACUGGCUGCACUCUUACUUCUCCAAUAGGAUGCAGUACACGAUAUAUAAUGGUGUAGCUUCCUCUCCUUUGCUUACUGAAGCUGGUGUUCCUCAGGGUGCUGUUCUCUCGCCGUUUCUCUUUUCCUUCUUCUUACAUGACUUACCUCUCUCAGACGAAAUCAACUUCGUCAAAUAUGCAGAUGACCUGACUGUUUCGCUUCCCGUUAAGUCUCAGUCAGACUGCUUCAAAUUAAAUAGCUUCCUGUCGGACAUCAGUCAGUGGUCUAAAAUAAAUGGCCUAACGCUGAAUCCCUCAAAAUGCCAGACUGUCGACUUCUCCUUUAGGCAUAAACGAGAUCUACAAACACUAGUAAGCACUCAUGAUGUCUGUAGAAUCGAGGGGACUAUAAUUGAAACAAAGUCUAAUGCAAAAUACCUCGGAUUAGUUAUAUCUUCCGACCUUACUUGGUCAUCUCAUAUCCAAAUGAUUUCCAAGAAAGUGUUUCGUCUAACCUACUACAUUAAGAAACUCAGACUAACUGGAGUCCCUCAACCUCUGCUUACACAAUUUGUCAACUCUCGUAUCCUACCUAUUCUACUUUACUGUUCCCCGUUAGUCUUUCCUGGGUUACUGAAAAAGGAUUAUACCAUCCUGAGAAGGAUGUUGAAGGUAGUUAGCAGGACUAGCGGUGUAAAACUCAGUCAGCUCGUCACAACAUUAGUGGAUAAGCAUCUGAAUACAUGUGAGAAAUGGUCUAAAACCAUACUCUCUGACCCCCAACACCCCCUCUAUUCCCAACUCUCUCCCUGCAUCUCAUCAAGUAGAACCAGAAAUCAGUAUAAAAUAAUAUAUGCUCGCACAACCAAGUAUAGGAACUCAACGAUACCAUAUUUGGCCCGUGUUCUAAGUGACAGAGACAAUGUUAGACGUGAAACCUAUGACUUGCUUUGUUGUUAAUAACAGAAUUUUGGCCCUUGUUUUUUUCCCCCUUACACUCUCUUAUUUGUACUCUAUAGUGAACAACCUUCUUAAACAUACUUAGCUGCUUAAAAUUAUUAUCAUUGGCUUACAUUUUUAUUCUUUAUUCUACUCCUUCUUUGUACAUCUACUGGGUCCGACUAUAUUAUCACUAUGAUUAUUAAAAACUGUCCCGUCAUUAACCAUCAUGUAACAUUAGUUUUGUGGUUGUUCUUUGUUCGGCACUAUUUAACUGACAAUCUUGUUUGUUAUUGCCACUAUCACCAUCUUAAAAAUUUUGUAUUAUGCAUGAUUCCUCACACUGCCACUACAAACAACCGCAUUAGUACUGACAAAAAAAAAACCUGAAAUGUUUAUCUUAUGAUUGCUUAGUGUUGUUCAAUCAAAUUAACUGAUCAUCUUGGCUAUAAACAUUUUUUUAAGAACAUCUCAUAAUUUCCCGUAUGAUUAUAGCUGUUACUGUUCACCACGCAUACACAUAUCGUAGCCUCCACUAACUAAUACUGAAAUAUUUUUUUUCAUUAUUUGUGUUCGUCUUCUUUUUUACUCAGUAUUUUUAUUUGCAUUUUUUUUGGUUAUUUCUGUUUCUUUUUUUUGGUUUUUAUUAUAUUUUAUUUUUUUUUAUAAUACUCCUUUUAAAUGUACGAUGAAAUUAGAUGCAAUAUUGUAGAUAUGUGCUGAAAAUUCCACACUGUACCACAAGUACUGUUUCUGGAAUAAAGCGAAAUUGUUAUGUUAUGU